GCGGCAUAGUUGAUGCGUAAUAGCCUUAAAAAAAAAACCAUUUGUGGACAACUGUACCAUGUGUGGCCCAGUAAUGGGUGAUCAAGAGAGAAUGAUCAAAGUCUCACAUGCACUGUAGAAUAAUCAAUUGUUUGGGCAGUGCUAGCGAUCUGUCAAUGAGCUUUUCUAAUGUAUGGGUCCAUCCUUGGUGCAUACCACAUAGUGAAUGGUCCAGAUUACCAUAAACCAGCCACUACAGGUGAUGCCCCAGAUAGGUGUGGAUCAAUCUAUCAAGGUAAGGAGACCAAGAAAGGAUAUGUACAGUAGUGUAUGGCAGCCCAUCACUGCAUACGUGGCAUAACUUAAUCCAGACCGUCUAAAUUGUGGCCUAUAUUCUACCAACUAGGAGGUGGGUGAUGUUGGAGAAAAUUCUCAACUGCAAGGGUUUCAUAGAAGCAUCUAAAUUCUCAACUGCAAGUGGGGCCCUCCUUCGAUGCAACUCUUACCACAACAACGGCCCAGAUCAAAAUCUAUCCUCUUGUCUCCCCAUUCUCCAAAUCUCUAAAACGUACACUAACGCCUCCCAUUUAUUUAAUCUGUUCAACCCCUAUAAAUGCACCAGCACAACACCUUCCACAGAAGCAUACCUUCUGUUCGACGAAACGACUCACAGAAACCCCAUCUCUCAGAACGCACGCAUCUCCACCCACGUCCGCAAUGGUGACCCACAUGCCGCGUGGCUCCUCUUUCUUCACAUGAACCGUGCAGACUUCAACCUUGAUACAUAUACAUUCACUCCUGUUCUUAGCGCCUGUUCUGCACUGUUCGACGCACAACGAGGUAGGCAAGCUCAUUCUUUGCUGAUUAAAACUGGGCUUGGAUUGGAAACCGUUGUGAACACUGCCCUUGUUGAUAUGUACACCAAAUGCGGUAGCUUGGAUGAUGCAGUCCGGGCUUUCAGAGAGACGAGAUCGAGAGAUGUUGUUGCAUGGAAUGCCAUGAUAUCGGGGCUCAUCCGGCAUGGCCGAGCAAUUGAUGCUGUAGGUGCUUUCCAAGAAAUGCAGAAGGACGGCAUAGGAUUCAGUGAUUUCACGCUCUGCUCAAUGCUGAAAGCGUGUGCUGCUUUAGAAGCUCUUCGGCAAGGCAAGCAGAUUCAUGCUCUGUCAAUUGUUGUUGGAGGUUGCAAUUCAGUCGUUUGGAGCACUGCGCUUGUUGAUUUCUAUUCGAAAUGCGGUCUCAUUGCGAAUGCAUUCAGAGUAUUCGAUGAAAUGAACUGCACUAAGGAUGAAGCUACUUACAACACUUUGCUUUCUGGGUGUGUUCGGAAUAAGAAGUACGAAGAAGUAUUCUUGAUGUUGGUAAGGAUGCAGCCAAACAGGAUCGCUCUGACAAGUGUUCUUGAUGCUUGCUCUGAGCUUUUGGAUUUGUCGAAAGGGAAGCAGAUACAUUGCGUGGCAAUCCGUCAGGGGUUUGAGUCUGAUACCUUAUUGUGUAAUGCAUUAUUGGACAUGUAUGCAAAAUGUGGGAUGUUAACAUCUGCCCAUUUGGUCUUUGAUCGGAUUGGUAGGAAAAACGUGGUUUCUUGGACCAGCAUUAUUGAUGCGUAUGGGAUUCACGGUCUUGGAGUUGAAGCUGUGGAGAUGUUCAAGAAGAUUACUGUAGGGAGCAGUGGCAUUGCUCCAAAUUCCGUGACACUUCUCGCUAUUCUUUCAGCUUGUGGCCAUUCUGGCCUUGUGGAAGAAGCAAGGAAUUGCAUUGUUUCGGCAAGGGAGAAGUACAGUCUUGAUAUUGGUCCAGAGCAUUAUGCCUGUUUCAUUGAUCUCCUGGGACGGGCGGGCCGGAUCGAUGAAGUGUGGAAUCUCUUCUGUGAUAUGAGUACUAGUACAAAACAACAUGCAGCAGUUUGGGCAGCUCUGCUCAAUGCUUGUAAAACUAAUCUCGAUGUUGUGAGAGGAGAGUUUGCAGCAAAGGGUUUAUUAGAGCUGGAACCUGAGAAUCCGGGGAAUUAUGUCUUGCUAUCGAACUUUUAUGCUGCUGUUGGAAGAUGGGAAGCUGUGGAGGAAUUGAGAAGGGUAAUGAGAGAGAAAGGGCUUAGAAAGGAGGCUGGAAGUAGCUGGGUUCCGUUGAAUGCUGAAAUGGAGAUUUUAGCAGGAGACAGCUGGGUCGCCAUUGGAUGCUGAGAACAAAUCUAUCAUGAUUGGAUUGCUCAUAAAGCCACACAUGCAUACGGAAAAAAACAGAUGAUGUGCACAUUGGUUGUUCAAGUGCGGCUUGACCAGAUGAGUGGACUGAUCUGAUUUUGUGCGGAACAUAUGAAGUGGGGCUGAUCCAAUCACAAGGCUGGACUUAUGCGAACAGCAGCCUUGGCAAGUGCAGCAGCUAAUUCCAGAAGCUUGAAAUUGCUUCAUAUGUUUUGCAUGGACAGGAAUAAGGCAGAUUGGUAAGAAAAAAUGUGGUUUCUUGGACCAACAUUAUUGAUGCGUAUGGCACUCGCAGGCAUGGAGUUGAAGCUCUAGAGAAGUUCAAGGAGACAAAGGGUGAGAAUGAUGCAUUACUCCAAAUUCCAUGACACAUCUUGCUAUUCUUUCAGCUUGUGACGAUUCUGGCCUCUUAGAAGAAGCCUGAGAUUGCUUUGUUUCGAUGAGGGAGAAGUAAAACUCUUGAUAGGCCUGUUUCAUUGAUCUCGUCAGACAGGAAGGUCAGAUGAAGUGAGGGAUCUCUUGGAUCAUCAUAGUAAGUGCUAUCUGAAACUAUCUUGAGUGAGAACUGAAUCACAUUGAAAUUGUCAUUUUUCUAGCGCCGACCACUAAUAAGCUUUUUCCAGUCACUAAUUCAUUGAGUCUAUAAAUUGUUGAUGAGACUACCUUUCAA